GCUAAUAGUAAGAACGUAAGGGGACAAGGCGUGGUUCCCGAAGACUGAAAUCGGGCCAAUGACAAAGCGCGAGGAAGGCUCUGAGGGGAAACGUGGACCUAUCGAACAACCCGGGGCUGGUAGAGACCGGGCCUGAGAUGGCGGUACCCAUGGGUGCAAAGAGGCGCUGCUCAUGUCGGGGAACGGAGUGGUGUGGGUGCGCGUGCGAAACCGUCUCCGUGUUUUCCCCGAGUGCCUGGCGGCCUGCGGGGCGGAGACCCUGCCCCCAGGCCGCGGCCUAUGGUCGGUGCGUGCAGGCCUCCACGGCGCCGGGCAGCCACCUGAGGAAGGACCUUUGCGUAAAGGAAUUCGAGGCUCUGCGGAGCUGCUUUGUCGCCGCGUUGCUGCUCAGGACAAGCUGGUACAUUUCCGUGAGCGAAGCUGGCUGGCCUGGGGAACUGAACCACAGCACUCCUGGCCCUGCCAUUCACCAUGGCCACCAGUGCUUGGCAUGGUCACUUUUUUACUCUGCAGUCUUGGCCGAGUAGGAAACAGCCCAGCAGACAAAGUGGUUUCUU